AUGUUCAAGCGGUGGCUUUUGGCCUUGUUGCCGCGGGUCGGCCUCAUUGUGCUGGGCCUCUGCUGCUGUCUGUCCCUGUUCUACCUCCUCGCCUGUAAACCGACGUCACCCGGAAGCCAGCAGUCUCUGCUAUGGUCCGGAGGGGCCACCAGUAAGGAGGGAUACAUGGCCUUGUUGCAGGAGAGGGAGGACUCUCACAGACAUUACAUCAAUAGCCUGACGAAGCAGAUAGCCCAGCUGAAGGAGGCGCUCCAGGAGAGGACGCAGCAGCUUCAAGAGUCCCUGGACAAAGCUAAAACAAGAGGGAUUUUGCCUCAGGGUCUGGAGAGUCUGCACAAAACCCCGACACAGACUGACCUCAAGAAUUUCUUGCACUCCCAGCUGAACCAGGCGGAGGUGAUCUCAGGUGUACAGCUGCCCAGCGAAUACGCAGUGAUACCUUUUGACACUUUCACCCUACGGAGAGUGUACCAGCUGGAGAUGGGGCUGACGAGGCACCCGGAGGAGAGGCCUGUGAGGAGAGACCGCAGAGACGAGCUGAUAAGCGCAGUGGAAACAGCUCUGCACGUCCUGAACGGGCCUCAGCAACACACAGACAACACCAGACGGAAGAGCACAUACUCCCCGUCCGACUUCAUAGAGGGGUUGACCCGCACAGAGCGGGACAGAGGAACCGUUUACGAGCUGAUGUUCAAAGGCGCCGGCCCGCGAGACUUCACACAGCUUGUGCUCUUCAGGCCGUUUGGUCCCGUGAUGAAGGUGAAGAGCGAGAGCGUGGACACCCGCGGCACCCUCAUCAAUAUCAUCGUACCUCUUUCGAAGAGGCCGGACAUGUUCAGGCAGUUCAUCAACAACUUCAGAGAAGUGUGCAUCCAGCAGGACGGCAGGGUUCAUCUGACUGUUGUCUACUUUGGCCGAGAUCAGAUAGAUCAGGUGAAAGCCAUGCUGGACCAGACCACCAGAGAGACUCGGUUCAGGAGCUUCACUUUGAUCCAGCUGAACGAGAACUUCUCUCGUGGGCGUGGUUUAGACGUGGGCGCCAGGGCGUGGAGGCGCAGCCAAAACGUCCUGCUCUUCUUCUGUGACGUUGACAUCCACUUCACCGCUGACUUCUUAACUUCCUGUCGUCUCAACGCAGAGCCGGGGAAGAAAGUGUACUAUCCAGUGCUCUUCAGCCAGUACAACCCCUCUAUGAUCUACAGUAAUCAGACACGUCUACCCUCUGUUCAAAAACAACUGGUGAUGAGGAAGGAAACUGGAUUCUGGAGAGACUUUGGGUUUGGCAUGACAUGCCAGUACAGGUCUGAUUUCCUCAACAUAGGUGGUUUUGACCGUAACAUCAAAGGUUGGGGGUUGGAGGACGUGCACCUGUACAGGAAGUACCUUCACAGUAAGCUGAUGGUGAUUCGCUCUCCGUCUCGAGGGCUUUUCCACUUGUGGCACGAGAAGAACUGUGCAGACGAGCUCCCUCCAGACAAGUACAAGAUGUGUAUGCAGACCAAAGCCAUGAGCGAGGCCUCGCACGGCAUGCUGGGAGAGCGGUUCUUCAAGCGGGAAAUUGAGCUUCAUCUGAGCUCCCAGAAGCAGAGGAACAGCGGAACAUGAUGAGGACAAUAAAAUAGGGCUUUGGCGACAUUCGUCACAGUUCUUUAAUUCAGUUCAUGAUCAUUUAUGUUUACUUACUUUAUAUUAAGCCUCAAACAACAGAUGGUUUACUGUGAUUAUUGUUCUCCAUAUGGACACAAACACUUAAA